AUGUUGCGUUCUUUAAUUGGAAAUGCACUUAGAACUGGUGCAGUCGCACUGCGUUCACCAGUCGUAUCCGGACCUUUGCAAAAGUGUGCAUUCUCCUCCCUGCAAGUUAACACCGGCUGCAAUACCGUUUUCCCCAAACUAACAUUGCCAACGAUCAGCGGUAAUGUGCUCCAGCAACCAUUGCCUCUGCAAGCACAACAAUCCCGCAGUGUUACGAAAUUUUCCCUUAAUAAGGGUAAACGUAAGAGUGUAAAGGCUGUUAUAAAACGUUUCAGACGACUUGAUUGGGGUGCCUGGAUUCGCACAUAUACUGGCCGUCAAAAGAAACUGUUCUCCAAAUCGCCCGAACGUAGACGUCGUUUGCGUCAACAUGUAUUCACAAAUUCCACUCAAAGUUGGUUACUCGACAAAAUGGUAACAAGCUAUUGGAGGCGACCCAAGAAUUGGGUAGAUGAUAUCUAUGCUCCCUAUCAUAAGCGUGAUGAAUUCUUUGCCACCAAAAGUAAACCAUUUAAGGUGUAAAUAAA